AUGUUUCGGUGUGGUCUUGCCUCCGUCGGAGGAGAAAUUGGUGUUAUGUAUGGCGGUUUGCGGCGGAUAACUCCUUGUUUGUACCCGGCGCUACUAGAUCUAUGGAGACGCAUGUGCGGAGUUUUGGGAUGCCUUUGUUUUUUGAUUGAUGUAUUGGCUUGGCUGCAUUUGUUUGGCGUCCUUUCCUCUGCCUUGAUUUGUGGAUUUGGGAUUUCUAAGACGAGGAAGGCAGCUAGGGGUCCUCUGUUCAAGAUCCCUUUAUUUGGUGGCCUUUUUGGUGGAUCCUUCACCAAGACUCGCUUUUGUACUUGCCCUGGAAGUUUAGCCUCAUCGUUGGAAUAUAGUAAGAAGAGAAAGAAACUUGCAGAAGCUUCUUGCAAGACCUGUGGUGGCAGAUUUGCAGUUGAUGGAAUAGGAGCUAUAUCUAGAAACAUGGUGGGAACUGUGGGCUUGGAAGUUACAAGUUCUAUCAGUCCAGAACUUAACUGGAAGACUGUGACCAAAGGAAAGCGAUCAAGGAAGGCAGUUGCGAGAUGCAUGAAUCGAAGUUUAGAUUUGUCCCAUAAUAGCCCUAAGAGGGUGGGAGACUUCUCUGGAUCAGACUCGGACAAGUUCGGUGAGACAGGAAAUGGGCAAUCCUUAUCUGAUAAAGCAGAAUAUAUACCUCUGAAGAAGAGGAGGCACUUCCUUCGGUCCCCAUCUCCAUCUUCUCGGCCGCCAUUAUGUGGUGCUGAGCCAAUGUCACCCCAAGUGUUAACUCCCUCUUCAGAAGACCUUCUCUCUGAUCAUAAUGGUUCAUCUGGGUCAUACACCAAUGGGCGUGUAGGUGCUUUUACAAGCUGUUUGGAUAAAGUCCCUGGACAUAUAAUUGGAGGAUUUGAUAGUUCCGAUAAUUUUGCUGGCAUUGCACUCCUUGCAGCUGCUGCUUGCUUUAAUAAUAUAGACGAAGAUGCUUUUGUUGAUAAGCUGGAUGCUACUGAAGUUUCUUCUGCCCCUCAGAAAUCUGAUGACAUGUCCUUACCCCAGAUAGAGAGUAUGCAUUGUUCAGAAUCAGGGAAACAGGUGUCUAGUAUUGAAAAUAAGGAUUGCUCGCUUGUGGUAGGCUCUGUUGAUGGUUCUCAUAGUUCAUAUGAGAGUAAAGAAUUAGUGUCCGGAAAAUCUGCUUCUCCAAAGAUUGAUAGACUGCAUUGGGACCUCAACACUCCAAUGGAUGCUUGGGAUCAACCUAACAGUGAUGGCAAUGGCAAAGAUGUUAGCGAGGAAAUCAUCCUUCCUGAUAAAGAAGGAUGUGAAAUUGAGAAGGUUGCUAUAAAUAAAAGGAAUGAUGCGGAACCUUGUCUGCCUCCAAUGAAAAUUGAGAAUGCUGCUGUUGGUACUAUUUCAAAAUUGGAGGAAAAUGAUUCUAAAGAAUUAUAUUGCAAUGAUGGAAUUGGCAUGAAACCGAGUACACUCAGCAUUUUUAAUGGAGUUUCCAGGGGGGCUGUGCAUUCUUCUUCUGCUGAUUCAGGCAGGAAUGAGCUUGUAAAUUCUCCAAAAGCUGAAUCAUGUCAUUCAUCAGAAGUUUCGGGUCGAUGCCAAGACACAAAAUCUGACACUAUGGGUGGUGCUCAUAUUGAAGACAAGUGUAAAGAUGCUGAUGGCUUGUCAUUGUCAAAUCCUUCUGACCAUAAUGCUGCCUUCAAAGACGAUUCAGCCUCAGACAAGCUUGCUGGUGGAUGUGAUGGUCAUAUGGAAUUUGCUGAAGGCUGUUUAAAGACUUGCGAAUUGCCUGAUGGUAGCAUGGGGAAAGAGGUUUGUUUAGACAGCUGUCAAGCUCUGGAAGCGGAAAACUCUGAAAGUGGGUUGUGCAAUGAUCCUCAUCCAUCUUCUAAGCAUAGUACCGCUCCAAUCUCUACUGGAGGGGGGUCGGAUGUAUCUUGUGAUGCUAAGGAAGACUCUGUGAAACUUGUUAGUGGUAAUUUGGGAACAGAUGCUGGAGAAGAUGCAAGCUCCAAGGGGAUCCUUGCUGAGCACGAAGAUCCUAAUUUAUCCAAUGGAGGGUCUGAAAAAAUUAACACGAUGGAUGGAUCAGGUUAUGAUUCUCCGUAUGAGGAUGGAGAAUUGAGGGUGUCUGUCUUCAACUUUGAAAAUGAGCUUGAGGAUGGGGAACAAGAAUGUCUGGAUUAUGAAUCUGAAGGUAGAGUUGGUGGGGGUUCUGAUGCGGGAGAUUCUCCUGACCCAAAGACUAUGGAAGCUGAUGCCGAAGGCACAGACAAGAGCAGUGUAUUGGCUGUACAUGGUAGAGAAACUGAGUUUAUGAAGAGUGGUUUUGGAAGUUCUUUGAGAAGUGGAGAAGAGAAUGAGAAUUCAGAGAAAACUGAGGUCUCUGGAGAAAAAGUAUCAAAUCAAGGAUCUGGAACUACGGAGGAAAGAUUUGCUGAUGUGAUGAUGGUAGAAAGGAAUUAUGAUGUUGUGAGAAGGCUGCAUACUGCUGACCACAUGGAUGUAAAUGAAGAAAUAGGAGAAGUUAGGUCAAGGACAAACAGGGGCAAGUUGCUAUCACGCAUUGAAGGACCUCCAUCUUUAGAUAACACGGAGAAGGAUGUUGCCUAUCGCAGAUCUCGGGAUGUUGGUGAUCCGUAUUUCCGCAAGGAAAGGAAUGGUGCUCCUGAUAGAUUUGUCGCUGGUUAUAGAUCUGAUAAUCAUUACCGAGGAAGAAGAAAUGAAGGGGAUGGUGAGUGUGACUACUGGAACUCAAGAGAACGUUUUUCAUCUGGUUACCGGGGCCCUGAGGGUCGUGGACAAUCCAGGCAGAGAAUUGCUUUUGGCCAAUCUGUUGACAAAUUUGGAGUGGACUCCCACAAUCACAGGCAUCCUUUUAAUUAUGCUUUUCAUGUUGGAAGAGACAGCAGUCCGGAUAGGUUUGCAUCAAGGUUCAGAUCUACUGGUCAGGAUCGUGAUAAGAAUGGAGGAAAUAAUCAGUUGACUCACUGGGGUCCCAGAAUGCGAUAUCCAUAUCAUGGCGCAGAAGACAAUCGACAGACAAGGCCUAGAUGUGUCACUGAUUCUUUUGACAAGUUUGGUGGAUAUAAUAAUUCGUAUGACCGGAAAGAGUCUAUGAAUACUUCUUCAAGAACGAUGCAGGGGCCACCUGACUGGAGGAGAUCUCCCAUUGAUCGUGAUGACUAUCAUCACGGUGGGUUGAGAAGAAAUCCUGGACUGAGCAGCAGAGGGACUAGGGGAGGGUUUAGAAAGUUCUCCGACUAUAGAGGCUUUAGGGAUGAUUAUCACCAGCCUAUGAAUGAGGAGAAUGCUGCUUCUGGGCGGGCACCGCAUUAUGCAUGGAGAGAACAGAAAUUUUUGCCUCACUCUGCUAGAGGGGCUCGUACGUCUUUACCACACAGAAGUUCACGUUCAAGAUCUAGAACACGCUCUCCCCGUCCUUGGCUUCCACUAAGAGAACGCGAUUCAAGACAUCGUAGUAGAUCGCCAGACUUCAGGUCUGAAUCUCAACUGGAGAGAGGGAGGGUACCAUUUCAGAAUCCCAAUUUUGAAGCUGAUUAUGAUGAUAGUUUCGUUUCUCCCCCUAGAGGCCGAUUUUCUCCACAGCGGAAUUUUAGGAGGGCUGAAGACCAGAAUGUUUCAGAUAGCCAUGUGAGGAACAGAAGAUCACCCUUCAAUGGAUAUGGUCAGGGCCAGAGAAUGGAUUCUGUUGGUUUAUCUGGACGAUUAAAGUCAGAUGAUUCGUUCAGGCCCACAUUACGGCCUGGAAGAUUUCCUCCUGUGGCCGGUGUUGGAAGGGGAUGCAAGUUGGAGGAUGGUAAUGAAGAGAAAGCACACGGCGACAACAGAUCUGAGACAGUUCAGUGA